UUGUGUUAUAAUAUGCCUUUCGAGUCAUAAAACGGCAUUUUCUGAGAGUUUCGCAUUACUUUACAAACUCAAUAUUUUGUCCCGUGGAAGACGCCGUAGACUUUUGACAGCUGGUUCAAGUAAACAUGGCUGAAGAAAGCUUGAUUGAAAGUGAAGAUGAAAACAUUUUAUACGAUUUACUGGUUAUUACUGAAUGGCCGCCAGAGACGGACACUCAGUUGAGAGGCAGCAAGGAGCACAGCAGUUCACUUAUUGCAAGGGCGGUGACAGGUCCAUUCCGCUUAAUCCUGCACUACUUGUGGUACAGCCCGUCCACCUCAUCUCUGCCCCCUGGUCUUGUCCGCCUGGCAAACAAACAAAUCAACUGGCAGCUGGUGCUUGCAAGUAAUGGCAAACUCUUGGCAGUGGUUCAGGACCAGUGUGUGGAGAUUAGGUCUGUGAGAGAUGACUUUGGAUCAGUCAUUGGGAAGUGCCAGGUGCCAAAAGACCCAAACCCCCAGUGGCGAAGGGUGGCAUGGAGCCAUGACUGCACCCUGCUGGCCUACGCCGACAGCACUGGCACCGUGCGCCUGUUUGACCUCAUAGGCAGCGAACUCUUUGUCAUCCCGCCGGUUGUGAGUUUUCCUGGGGAUUUCAGUUGUGCAGUGGCGGGUCUGAUCUUCCUGGAGUACACAGCCAGCGCUCAGUGGUCAGCUGAACUGCUUGUCAUCACAUACGGCGGCUCGCUUAAGAGCUAUCUAGUCAGUGUGGGAACCAAUCAGAACUUCCAAGAGAACCACAGCUUCAGUUUCUCCUCCCACUACUCCCACGGCAUCACCACAGCUAUUUACCACCCAAGCCACCGGUUGCUGCUGGUGGGAGGCUGCGAGUCAGCUUAUGACAGUACAUCCAAGGCCUCUUGCUGUGGCAUCACAGCCUGGAGGGCUCUGUCUGGCUCGCCACACUACAAACAGGUCACCAGCUAUGAGGAUGAUGUCAGUGCGAAUCACAAGAGAGGUUUCAUCAGGAUCCCCAGCUUCAGGUUCUUGUCAAGACAAGGAGAUGAAAAGGAUGGUGUAUUCCGCAUGAGUCUGAGUCCUAAUGGCACCCUCCUGGCUGUGAUUCACUUCUCUGGUCGUCUGUCUCUCUGGGACGUCCCCUCCCUCAAACAGAGGACCACAUGGAGCCAAGACCAACAGCCAGGAUUUGAGGAGAUCAACCCAGAGUGGAAGACAUCGCUGGAGAGAAGGAAGAAGAUAAAAGAUAAAGAGCAGUACUACCCGCUGGUGGAUGUGAGCUGGUGGAGUGAGAACGUGUUGAUUCUGGCUCGCUGCUCUGGCUCUGUCACAGUCUCGUCGGUCAGGACGCUCCGCAACCUCCUGGGCAAAUCUUGUGAAUGGUUUGAGCCCUCACCUCGACUUACCACAGCGUACGAUGGAGGCUUCAUCAGCUUGGAGUGUGAGGUGAAGCAGGCCCAGAAGCGUGGGCGCCUGGAGAGCAACCUGAGCGACGGGGCAAGUGAGGAUGAGGAGGGUGACGACGGAGGAGACUCUGACUCAGAUGACGAGUCCUCAGCCAAAGCCCGCUACUUCGGCUACAUCAAGCAGGGACUAUAUUAUGUGACGGAGAUGGAGCGCUUUGCUCCACUGCGCAAGCGCCCCCGCACCGUCGUCAAGAACUACCGUCUGGUCAGCCUGAGGUCAACGACACCAGAGGAACUAUACCAGAGGAAGAUUGACAAUGAGGAAUAUGGGGAAGCCCUGUCUCUUGCCCAAGCAUACAAUCUGGACUCUGACCUGGUCUACCAAAGACAGUGGAGGAAGAGUACGGUCAGCAUCGCCUCAAUACAAGAUUAUCUGAGCAAGAUCCGCAAGCGCUCAUGGGUGUUGCACGAGUGUGUGGAGCGUGUCCCGGAGAAUGUUGAUGCAGCCAAGGAGCUGCUGCAGUACGGCCUGAAAGGAACUGACCUCGAGGCCCUCAUAGCCAUAGGAAACAGAGAGGAUGGGGGCAGGUUUAUCAUGCCAGGUGAUGUUGACCUUGAUGACCUACCUUACGAAGACAUCCUGUCAGACGAUGACGGGUUGGAGAUGAAGAAGGAAAUGGAGAAGAGGAGGAGACACGAGCUGCUAGCCAAGGUCGACUUCAGCAGGCUGACUCUAGAGCAGAAGGAGCUGUGUCGGAGCCGACUGAAACUACUCUCCUACCUGGACCGGCUGGCCACAUAUGAGGAAAUACUGGGCGGUCCUCAUGCAGCGGAGCAGAAAUACGAUGCAGAGUUUUUCAAGAAGUUCCGCAGUCAAAAUAUUGUUUUGUCAGCAAGAAACUACGCCAGGGAGAGUAACGUGCAGGCUCUGGCCAUUCUGUUCACGUACCACGGAGCGGAACUUCUCCAGCAUCGGUUAGCUAUCCUUUACAACUUUCCAGAAACCACCUCUCCACACGAAUACAUCAACCUGCUUCCUGAAGCCUGUCGAGAUGACCGAGGUGAGUUGGUGUUGAUUCCAUGGGAUGAGCAGAGACACAGAGAGACAGACUGGUGUGAGGCAGAGGAGUGCAGAGCAGUGCUGGAGCAGAACGUGUUUGAUGACAAUGGUUUCCUAUAUGAGGAGUCUCCAGAGCUACUGAGGCUUUGUACAGCUGUACCCUCCAUUGAACUGCUGACCGACUGGUACCAGAGCAGAGCCAAGGAUAUCGAGUCCUGCUCCAGACAGGUGGACUGCGCUCUGUCACUGGUGCGCCUGGGCAAGGAGCGUGAGAUCCCAGGGCUGGAGCGCUUGUGUGAUGACUUGGUCACCAUGGAAACACUUGUGUAUGAGACAUCAUGUGAACUGAAUCUGACGCUCAAAGAUUUGCAGCAGCUGAGUGACAUCGACAAGCUCCGCCUGCUCAUGAAAAACUCCAGCACCGAACGCUAUGUAAAAGAUGCCCUCCAGUGGAUGGUGCCGUUCCUGCACCGAUGUGAGGGACAGAAAGAAGGUGCUGCUAAGGCUCUGCUCAGGGAGUACCUGGUCAGCUUGGCCCAGCAAGACCUCGCCCUGCCCCUCACCAUCUUCCAGCACUCCAAACCUGAUUGCCUGCAGAAGAUCAUUGGGGACCCAGACCAGCUGAUGGCGGUGGCCCUGGAGUGCAUUUACAGUUGUGAGAGAGAUGACCAGCUCAGCCUCUGUUAUGACGUCCUGGAGUGUCUGCCGCAGAGGGGCUACGGGCCAGAGACGGAUAUCACCCCAUCACUCCAUGAUCAGGUGGACAAACUUGAGAAGCACCUCAGUGUGGUGGAGGUUCUGGAGAAGCAUGGUCUGCAGAAGCCCGUCUCAUAUGUGAAGAACAGCCAGAAUAGUGAAGAGGAAGCCCAUCAACUAAUGGUCAAAUUGUGCCGCCACACUGGUCGCAAGAACCCUCCAGUGAGUGAGACAGUGUGGAGAGGUCUCCUGCAGGACCUUCUUGACAUGCAGCACAACGUCUAUACCUGUCUUAAACCAGAGUCAUGUCACCAGGUCUUUGUUGAGUCCCUACUGUGUUCCAGCCGUGUGGAGAACAUACGCCUGGCAGGACAGCUCAUGCACUGCUCCGAGGUCAGCCAGGAUGUUCCUGUCAGCUUGUCUUUCCGAGGUAAAGGUUACUCUCUGAAGGUGGCCUAUGGCACCAGUGUGGAAUUAGUGUUGGCUGCUGCCAGGGAAUACUUCAACUCCUCCACGACACUGACAGACCCCUGCAUGAGCCUGGCUAGGGCUUGUCUCCAGCUAAUCGCAGACUGUCCUCCAGCCAUCCGGGGGGAACUGGACCUCAUCAAUGCCCUCAGCCAGUUGGAAGACUUCAGUGUCAGCAUCCUGCCACUGCAAGUGCGCCUGCGAUCAAAUCGUCUGUCUAUCAUACAAGAGUGCAUCGCCCACUGUUCCACCGCCUACAAACAGUCCACUACUCUGCUGAAUCUGGCCUCACUUCUCCGAGUGGCAGGAGAUGACGAGGCCACACGGAAAGGCCAAGUGCUGACCCUGCUGGCAGAGCAAGCUCUCCAGUGUCUGGACUUUAAAGCCGCUUACAUCCACUGCCAGGACCUCAUGGCUGCAGGUUACAGUCCAGCGUGGGAGGUGUGCACUCUGCUCGGUCAGUGUGAGGGCUACGGAGACCUGGAGGCCCGGCAGGAGCUUUUAGCAUUCUCCCUCACCCACUGUCCACCUGAUAACAUCCAUGGCCUCCUGGCUGCCUCCAGGGACCUGCAAACUCAGGUGCUGUACCAGGCAGUUAACUAUGAAAUGGAGCCUGCCGUUACACCGAGUGGACGAGAGGCUGAUGAGACGGACUCUGUAAAGGCCUGUGCUCCCACCGAGGGCUCAUCUGUGGGGGCAGCGGGGGACCUGCUGCACAGGACUACAGCAACAACCAUGAAGGUGUUGGCCACUACAGGGCUCACCACAAAGGCUGUGCUGACUGCAGUCAGCGACCACCACUGGUGGAAAAAAUCACUCAAUUAUCUCCGGCCACUGCAUGGUCAUGGAGCAGGAGCCACCAGUCAGGAAGGGGUAUGUGAGAACUCCACCCUGGAGCGCCAGGGCUGUAGCCCCUUUUAUCAGGAACUUAUUGAGGAUCCCUAUGUAGACCCGAGUCAAGAUGUGUAUUCGUCCUACAAAGCUGUGCCUCCGGAAAACUUUGCAGAGGUUUUGCUGAGGACCGGCAAACUAGCUGAGGUUAAGACAGAAGGAAAAACCCUGUUUCCUGCUACAGAGGUGUUGCUGCAGCUGGCCAACGAUGCAUUUCCCAGGGACAUGAUGCUGGCUCUGUCCUACUUACUGGCCCUGCCUCAGGUGUUGGAUGCCAACAGGUGUUUUGAGAAACAGUGUCACUCAGCCUUGUCACUCCAGCUGGCUGCCUACUACUACUCCCUGCACAUCUGCUCCCGCCUCAUACCCUGCUUCAAGGACAAGAACCAUGCUCUCUACCAGGCCGACCCAAAGAAGCUGAUUCAACUGGUCACACAACAUGUGUCUGCGUAUUCAGACUGGCCAGAGGAGCUGCAGAAGCUGAUCAGCCAGCUGCAUGUGUACAAUGAGCGCCUGACAGACUUUACCCAGGCCCAAGUGUUACAGGGUUUGGGCCGCGGCGUGGACGUCCAGCGCUUCAGCUCUGACUCCGACUACAAGAAGGAGACCAUCCUUGGUCUUACAGAGACACUGGAUGAUGGUGUCUACAGAAUCGCUCUGUCCCUGGCAAAGCGCUACAGUGUUUCUCUGUGGGAGGUCUACAUGACUCACCUGGAGUUCCUCUUUACAGAUAGCGGGCUUUCCACCAAGGAUAUUGAAUCCCGGAGUGAGUCCCUUGGUCUGUUUGACAUUUUGAAGUGUAACCCUCAGGCCUUCUACAGUCACAUGACCAAGUAUGUCCUGCCCACUGUGGAGGGAACCGACCUGGGCCGCCUGUUCUACUACUACACCUUACUAGACGCUGCAGGCUGUGAACCUUAUGUCACCGCCAUCAUCAAGCCAGACUCCCAUGUCAAAUUGCUCAAAAAGCUUCGAGCUGUUGCUAGUGGCUUAGACUACAGAAAGCUAACUGAUGAAUCCUUGGAUCCGCUGUCCAUUCUACAACCAGUUCUGACCAGUCAGAACGUACUGUCCGUCUCCAAACUCGCCGAUCGGCUGCCUGUGCCAGGUGGGGGAGGGGCAACAAUCUCCCCCAGUGCAGUCCAUGCAGUUUGGCUGCAGAAACUUUUCUGGAAAGGAGACCUCCAACUGUUAAAAAGAGCCCCACAGAGUGACCAAGACUACCUCCAUGCUUACGAUACCUGUGCCAAAUACCUGGACAGGCUGGUCCCUACUGACGCUGUCUACUUCCUGGAUAGUAUCACCUUCUCGCCUGAUUCUACCAAACAUCUGAGCAUCCAAGCAAGGUCGGAGGUGAUAAAGCGAGCCACCAAAGCCCUGCGCCAGCUGGGCGAAAAGAGCAAGAAGAGAGAAGGCGGUGGUGGCAGAGGGCAGGAGGGGACAGACCCAGCAGGGAUGACUUUCAAUGAGGCUCUAGCGCACCUGCAGCAAUCACAGGCCCACCUGGACACUCUGAACCAUCCCUUCAUUUUGUCACUCAAAGACAGCCAGCAGGAACAGCUUCAGGGUUACGGACAACUUUAUGAUUUGUCCCGAUCUGAGAGGUCAAAAGUACGUGAGCUUGCAGUCACCAUGGCAACUGAUGGGCAGCCUCUGGAGCGCAUUGGAGGGCUUCUGCAUGUGGCCGUCGGACCCCUGGGCCUGUCUGUCAAAGCUGUGCUUCAUGAUGCAGUGGAGAGAGUAGUGGCUGCACUCAGUGGCGACCCAGAUGCCCUGACAAAUUACCCACAACCCCUCAGGGUCUUGGAGGCCAUGGUGACCGCUGUUCACAACAGUGUCCAGAGUGGUGACAGCUCAGUGACCUCAGAUGACCUCCUGGCUUGGCUGCGUCCAUUUUGCGGUGACUCCUCGCUACCCCUGCGGCCUCGGAUCGAUGUGCUGCGGAUCCUGGAGAGUAACUUUAGCCUCCGAGACAGCGACGUUCGUCUUCUGUUACUCUACAGAACUCAGGCUGUUCUCAAAGACAAACAGGUCCAGAUAGAAGAUGUGGAAAAUGAGGAGAAAAGGUAUGCCCUCUUCCUUGAGCUGAUGGAAGCUGCUCAGAAAUGGGAGGAUUUUCAGCUGCUCAUGCUCCUUCUUCAAGCGUGGCCACCUAUGAUGAAAGAGGAAGUGGCAGAGUCGGAGCGUAACCCCUGGGUGGUGCUGACCUCGGGCCUGCUGACCUUCUGCCAGGGGACAGAGGUCAGAUUAGACAUGGCACAGCAGGUAGUCAGCAUGGUGCGAUCCCUGUAUAACACCAAGCACAAGCUCCCCGUGCAGUGUAUCAGACACAUAGCCACCCUGCUGCUCCAAAAUCAGCCUAGCUUCCAGCAGCCUGCACUCAAACUGAUGGCCGAAAGUGGUGAUGAGCAACUUCUGCAGCUGACUCUGGAUCAGAUCAACAGCAUGACAGCAGAGACAGCUUCCUCCUGUGAUACAGAGCUCCUCUCAUUGCUCCUGGAUGCUGGACUCCUGGUGGGCUGUGUCUCCUCAGCUCUGUACCCCUCCCUCAGCUCCCACAUGCUGUCGCACCAGGAGGACGGAGGCUGGGACGUGGAGAAAGCUGCGGCGGAGCUGACAGCGGCAGGCCACAGGCCCGAGGCGGGCUCCCUGCUGCUGGCUUACCGUGGAACACACCAGGGCCAGUUCACCUUCAAUUCCGCCCUGGCCGUUCUCAGGAAGUGGCUGUGAAGGGAAGAGAGAGAGGGUGAAAUAAGAUUUGAAGGAAAAAAUAACAGAGAGGACACAGUUUGGACUGCAGCCACGCACCACGGUGAUAAAGCGGCUUUAGGGAAGGAGAACACGAAGAUGUUGAGAGAGAAAUGGAUUGAGAUCUGAAGAAAUUAGCAUGAGGUGAGAAUUGAAGCAGUAUCAGGCCAUACCUUUGCAUUUUGUUCUGUAAUUGGUUUUCAGGUCCAUCAACCAACGACAACAGCAGCCGUAGUGUGCGCCUUCAAGCUCCAAGAGCGGCUACCUUUAACAGUGAAUCAUCUGCUCAAUUAGAAACACACACACACAUAAAUACACAAACCUCUGCCGUCUCUCAGUCAUGAAUGAAUGUUCAGAUUGAGGGCUAAUCAGGAAAUACACUCACUGCUUGCAUUUAUUCGUGUGUGGAUGUGUGCGCGUGUGUGCUGUGUCCUAUUGUGUGGUAAAGUAAUUGAGCAGUAGCGGGGAAGCAGUGGGUGGAUAUUAGCCUAUUGUUCCGUGACAGGUUUGCCUCUUUGACGUCCCAUCGUUAAACACUCUGCCUCUGCUCCAUUGUUUUCCCCCUAAUAAUGUCUAAUUAAAUCCUUCUAAACAAAUUAGCACAGCAGCUGCCCUGCACCAUGUGUGCGUUUGUGUAGAUGCGCAAAUAGUGUAUACCAACACCCUAGUGAUGUCAUGUAGAGCUAAUGAUGAUGAGGACUAAACCUGUGUUUACCUACACAGGGAUCCUGUAAGCAUGGUGUGCUUCUCUUUAUAUAAUACAGGAGUACCACCUUUCAGAGCUCAAAUAAAGAUGACAUUUAAUGACUCACCGUUUGUGUUUUCAUCCAUUUCUUUCUU